UUACGUCAUUAGUAUGCGACGCCAGAUGGCUUCGGUUUAAGGUGCGGCUGUGGUGCGGAGAAGUACCGGAGAUCUAUCACUGUGGGAACGAGGCGUGGGGAUGGGGGGAGCAGAUAAGGGAGUUGAUUAAACACCGAACUAGAGGAGGCCAGCGGGUCUCUCCUGCUUUCACCGGCAUGAAGCCGCCGGCAAGGCGUCGUUCGACACCUUCGCGCUACGCUCAGGGCCCUGUCGCCCACGUCUGGACAGAUCGAGAAAAGCGACGCCUUCUCAAGGCCUUGAGAGCUCACGGCGAAGGGCCGCUGCGCCCGGAGCUACUGAAGAAGUAUCUGCCCGCGAGGGAUGAGGCUGAGAUCUUGGCCUUCGUGGAACUGCUUAAAAAAAAGGUGGCAAAGGAAGCAGUCAAGGCACAGUAUCAGUCCAUCAAGAGCCAAUGGCAGGAUGGCCCAACUCCAGCACCUAUUGAGGUAUGGACACGGCUGGCUGAGAAGCUGACAGGCAGUAUUGAGGACAGUAUGGCAACUGCAUUUUCCCAAGUUCUAACUGUUGCAUCUGCUGAGCCUCUUAGCUUGCUUCAUUCUGUGCCCCCAAAGCCUGUUGAUGCAAAGAUCCAACAGUGUUCACCCACAGCUGUACAAGGGAGAACAGAAGACUCUCAGACCGUGAUCCCCCCAGAACAGGCUCCUGCAGAAGAGCAAGACUUCCAUGUGGACUUUGAAAAGAUCUACAAGUACCUGGCCAUGCUCUCACAUGGGUCCAAAGCACCAGAACUCUCACCUGGUGAGGCGGCUGUGGUCCUGGACCUGUUGCUGUCUCUUCCAGAACAGCUUGUUUUCCUUGAUAUCAUGAAACUGAAGAGCCACAUGUACAAAUGCUAUGUGGAGUUAAAUAGCCCCUAUGCUGGUGAGGGAAGCAGAAUGCAAAUGGAUUCAAGCCAGCUGAACAGCAGUAGCAGAGAAUUACAUAACACGUCUCUCCCUAUGUUCCAGAUCACUAAUUGCCAUUCACAACAUGAAGAUGCUAGUUCCACAACCUCAUCUGAUGCCAAUGCUCUUGGGGCUUCUGUGAUGGACUGGAAGUCUCUGGGUAUCUGCCCUGUGAAUUCAUUCUUACUUCCUUUAGAUAUUUUGGCACAAAAGAAACCUUGAACUGAGGAAAUAAGAUUGUGUACUGAAUUGUCUCUUUUGCGUGAUAGUAACUCUAAAAGGGAAACACAGUUGUCUUACAAUGGAUUUCCUAGCAGCAUUGAUAUUUUGUUCUGUGGACAAUAUCUGCUUAUUGUGAGUGUUCUCCAGUAGAUUACGUGUACUGCUUUAUCUUGUUUAAUAGCAAUAUUUGUCUUAGAUCAUUUCAGCAGUUCAUUUUGCUAAAUGGGUGACUUUGUCCCAGAGAAUUCAUACUUACAUUUCCACUGUCUCUUGUAUCUGGGAUUAGAAGUAGCUCCAACAAGUAUAGCUGCCUUAAAUGAAAGAUAUUGGUUACAAAGUCUGUGUUGCAUGAUCUUGUCGCUCAAGGCAGUAAGCAGACACACAUAUAGAAGACAGAGUGUAAGCUAUAAUACAGAACUAGAAUGAAAUACCUUGAAACUAAUCCAGAAAGCUUCUACUGUAGUACCCUGUUUUGUUGAAAGCAUUACAUGUCAGUCUAACUGGAAUAUAUGAAUUCUGAAAAUUAAGGCACAUUUAAAAGCAAUUUGGAAGACUAGGUAGCUUGUACUUGUAAAUUAGUUUUUUAUUCUUCAGUGAAAAAUUGCUUUCACAUAUACAAUGCAUAUGUAUACAGGCUUAAACACAAAUAAAACGGACUAAUCAAUCAUGA